UUAAACUCAGUAGUGUACUCAUGUUUUGACUUAAGUUGAGUAAUUAUUUGAGAUGUGUUUCACGAAUAUUUUAUCGACUCAUGUAAGUACUCAAACCUUGAGUUGAGUCUGUUAAUUUGAGACAGCUCUAUGGCUUCCUCAAAUUGUUGUUAUCUACUCAAAUAUGGCCGACUUUGUAAGACGCCUCGAGAGAUUGCGCCGUAGACAGCGAGUAGAAAGGGUUAUACCCGGUCGUAUAAACCCUCUUGAGGUUUUAUCACGCUCCGAGAUUAGGCAACGCUACAGAUUCCAUCCGAAAUCUAUUGUUUUUCUAUUGGGAAUGAUUUUCAACGCGUUGGAGAGCCCGACUUUUCGUUCGUCUCCCCUUCCGCCCAUGAUAUCUCUCCUGGUUACGCUCCAGUUUUUUGCCAGUGGAGCCCAUUAUCUUGUUAUUGGAGACAUUCACGGUGUCUCCAAGUCUUCGGUGUCUCGGGCUGUUCGGAGAACCACAGCAGCAAUUUGUUCAUUAAGAGACAGAUACAUCAAAUUCCCGAGGAACGACGCUGCAAGAGCAAUCCACAAAGAAUUUUACAACAUAGCAAGGUUUCCAAAGGUUAUUGGCGUCAUUGACGGUACACAAAUUAAGAUAAAGGGUCCAAAAGAAAAUGAAACUGACUUUGUGAAUCGCAAAGGUUAUCAUUCAAUUAAUGUACAGAUGGUUUGUGAUGCCAGAUUCAGAAUUACUAACAUGGUGGCAAAGUGGCCUGGGAGUGUUCACGACAGCCGUAUUUUUAGGGAAUCUGAACUGUGCAGGAAAUUUGAGAAUGGGGAGAUAAACGGGCUUCUGCUUGGCGACUCAGGGCAUCCAUGUCGACCAUACCUGAUGACGCCUUACCUAAACACACAAACAGCCGCUCAAGAGAGAUACAACAUAGCAUUAACGAAAACAAGAGUGCUUAUUGAACAGACUUUUGGUGUGUUGAAGAGAAGGUUCCCUUGCCUAUCAUACGGCUUGAGGACCGAAACUACGAGUGCGCCUCAAGUAACAGUGGCUUGUGUUGUGUUACAUAACUUUGGGAUGGAUAGAGGAGAUAUUUUAGAAAGAACGGUAGACGAGCCUUUUGAGCCACUAGAAGCUGAAGUAGACAUAAACCAGGCUGGGGUCCGUUGUAGGGAUGUAUUUGCAGCAACACAUUUUGCUUAAGGUCUAAAAACUUAUUUGCUUCCAGUAACAUGCUCAAAAAAAAUAGGGUAGGUAGGUAGGAAUUUUUUUUUAGAUGCACCAACAUUAUUGAAAGUCUUUUAACCUGAUUUGACAGAGAACAAGAGCACCGCCAUGCGGGUGCUGACGCUCAUCUGAUUUUCUUGUAUAUUAUAAAAUAGAAAUAUUGUCCUACCCAUGGUUUUCAAAGUCCAAAAAGGGUCAUACUUCUUACAAAAAGCAGGAUGGAGCUAUGUUUCUUACUGUAAAGGGUCAAAAAGCAGGAUGGAGCUAUGUUUCUUGCUGUAAAGGGUCAGCUUAUGAUGGUAAACAACUGUUGCAAUUUUCAAGGCAAUAGCUUUGAUAGUUUAGGAGAAAGGUUUACCUAAACAUAAAACUUAACCAAGAAAUCUGAUAUUUUCUAAGUCCAAAAGGGGCCAUAAUUCUUGCAAAAAGCAAGAGGGAGUUAUGUUUCUUGCUGUACAUGGUCAACUAUUGAUGGUGAACAAGUGUUGAAAGUUUCAAAGCAAAAGCUAUGAUAGUUUCGGAGAAAAGCUGACCUAAACAUAUAACUUAACCAAACAACGCAGACGCCGAUCAGGUGAUGACAAUAACUCAUCUUUUUUUUUAAACAAAAAUCAGAUUAGCUAAAAAUGAUGUUAAAACGUAGCUGCUUACUGAGUUUGAUAAAACUCCAUUAAGUUGUCAUAACAGUAACCUGACGUUGGAACUGUUAGUUUGCGUAACUCCACAAAUUGCUCAAAUUUGAACUGUGUCAGAAAAAACAUUGCAAUGAUGCCACUAAGUUUGAUGAAAAUCCUGAAGCAGUCUAUGAAAAUGAGUCAUCCAAGGGUAUUUCUAUACUAAAUUAAACUGCUCAAUGAAACUGCCAAAGCAUCAACAUCAUAAUCAUUUCUAUAAAGGACAUUAAAAUAAUAAUGCUACAAGACAUGGUUAGAUGAACGCCCACCAAGCCAUUCAUGAAAAGUCAUCAUUUUAAAUUACCAGUAAUUUUUUUCUCUAUCUGCCCAUAAAAUGAUUAAGUCAAACCUUAUUGACAGAGUACCUUGCUUUAAAGCUAAGUUCAAAGUUUGGUGUAAUUCUGGCUAGUCAGAUGAGAUGUUAUGUAAAUUUUGAGCAACAGAUGGCAGACUAUUCACCUACACUGGUAGCACACUAGGAACCUUCAGUUCAUGUGAGCUAAAUGUGAAGACAUUUCAACAAAAAGAAUUAAGAAAUAAUACAUCUUAUUGAGUGAUUUAUCGCUGAAUAAAUCAUUGUUUGGAGUUCAGAUGCGAAGGAGUUAUAUCACGAGGGCGCAGCCCAAGUGAUAUAAUAAUACGCAUCUGAACGACAAACAAUGAUUUUUUUCAAGAGCAAAUGACUAAAUGAGAUAUAUUAUUUCGAUUCUAACACGUUACCAAGAAUUUUAAAGUAUAUCCUUGACAACUUCAUUAAAUAUUUGCACGUUUUCAAUUGGUUUCUUUUCCAGCACUCCCCUAUGACUUUUGACGCUAUACCGU